GUCGAGCUUGGGCUCCAGGAGGGCUGAGCGCGUGUCCUUCUGAGUCUGAGUGGCCGGAAGGAGGGCGGUGGAGGGCCUCCGGGUGGAGGACACCGGGCUGCCCAGCUAUAGGGUCGCGCGCGUGUUCCCGGGCCUCGGGGUGGACUAGAGCUGUGGACCCCCGGCCCCUAGUGCAUUCGUCGCGCCAUUCUCCCACGGUCGUCACUUGCGCCGGCGGGGAGGAAGUCGCCAUGGAGCCUAAGGGCAGAGGGUCACUUUCUGAGAAUUCCGACCUUCCCCAUGCUGGAAACCCAAAAGAAAAUGGCCUGACCACUGUGCUGCUGACCCCUGCAUACCAGGAGUCGAUGAUCAGGGAUAUGGCUGAGGCUCUCACCCAGUGGGGGCAGCUGAACACUCCUCAAGGAGAGGUGCCUGAGAAGCAUAGGGAUCUGGUCUUGCUGGGGCUUCCAAUUUCCAAGCCUGAUGUAAUCUCUCAGUUGGAGUGUGGGGAGGAGCUGGAGAGAGAAGUCUCAAAAGCAGCUAGUCCAGACUGGGGUACAGGACUGGAAUGCAAGGAGCUAACUCCAGAGCAGGACAUUUCUGAAGAAGAAUCAGCCCCUGUUAACACUGGGGUGUUAAUAGAGAGAUUUCCAAAGGAAAGUUCCAGUGAAUGUGAGGAUUCUUUAGAGAGUCAGCGGGAAAACCAUGAGAAGCAUUUAGUACAAGAGGUUGUCCCUCAGAAGAAACCUUCUGGGGAGAGAAGUUACCAGUGUGAUGGAUUUGGAAGAAAUUUUUGUCGGAGGACAUUACUUGUUCAGCAGCAAGGAGAGCGACGACACAAUUGUGAUUCAUUUAAAAAGAACUUGAAACAAAAUUCAGAUCUAAUGAAACAUGAGAAAAUUUGUGCAGAAAAGAAGCCUUGGAAGUGUAAUGAGUGUGAAAAGGCAUUUAGUUACUACUCAGCUUUUGUCUUACAUCAGAGAAUUCACACAGGAGAAAAACCCUACGAAUGUAAUGAAUGUGGUAAAGCCUUUAGUCAGAGCAUACACCUUACUCUACACCAGAGAAUUCAUACAGGAGAGAAACCUUACAAAUGUCAUGAAUGUGGGAAAGCCUUCAGUCACCGCUCAGCCCUUAUUCGGCAUCAUAUAAUCCAUACUGGAGAGAAACCCUAUGAAUGCAAUGCAUGUGGGAAGGCCUUUAAUCAGAGUUCAUACCUCACUCAACAUCAGCGAAUUCAUACUGGAGAGAAACCUUAUGAGUGUAAUGAAUGUGGGAAGGCCUUCAGCCAAAGCACAUUCCUUACCCAGCAUCAGGUCAUUCACACUGGAGAAAAACCCUAUAAGUGUAAUGAAUGUAGGAAAGCUUUUAGUGAUCGUUCAGGCCUUAUUCAGCACCAGAGAACUCAUACUGGGGAGAGGCCUUAUGAGUGUAAUGAAUGUGGGAAAGCCUUUGGCUACUGUUCAGCCCUGACUCAACACCAGAGAACUCACACUGGGGAGAAACCCUACAAAUGCAAUGAUUGUGCCAAAGCCUUCAGUGACCGCUCAGCCCUUAUUCGUCAUCAGAGAACACACACUGGAGAGAAACCUUACAAGUGUAAGGAUUGUGGAAAAGCUUUCAGCCAGAGCUCAUCUCUUACAAAGCAUCAGAAAACGCACACUGGAGAAAAACCUUAUAAGUGUAAGGAAUGUGGAAAAGCUUUCAGCCAGAGUUCAUCCCUUUCUCAACAUCAGAAAACUCAUUCUGGAGAGAAAACCAAGGAAUAUGGAAAAGCCUGUAGUGAACAUUCAGCCUUUGGCCAGCAAAAAAGAAUUCAUACUGGAUAAAGGUCCUGUACAUGUAGUAUGUUCAGAACAUAUUUAUCGAACAG